AUGAGGGUUCGCUUGCGGUUGUGGCUGGUGUGGUGGUGCUCGUCCGUGUGCGUGACGGCGGCUGGGAUUCCUGGAGAUGUAUCUGGUGAUGCGGAUGCGGUGGUUGUGCCGGUGGAUGUGUCGUGUGCUCCGAGUGACGGCAGCCUGAGCUAUCGCGUGUGUGUGUGGGCGUGGACGAAGUGUUCUGCUGCCAGUGCUGAGGCUCAGCAUGAGAAUUACAUUUUCAGUGGCUUUGAUGUGCGCAUGCAUGGCAGGAAUGGUGAGCUGGGUGCUGUGUGCCAUGUGGCCAAUGCGGUGCACACAUGUAGCAACUGUGCUGUCAGCUGUGCAACGGAAGAGGAAGGGGCCACCGUUGCCUUCACGAUGAAUGUGACGGCACAUAAAUACGCCGGCCCUUAUGAAUUGUUGUGGCGCCAAUUUCCCCCCGAUGGAACCAUCCAUCCGCCUGCACGGAGCAGCGAUGCUGACCGGACGGGCAUCUGUCAGUUGCCGCCACCCCGUGAAGGGAAGGAUGACACAAAAUCCGGCGAGACAACUGCGCCGCAAGUGAAUGCUGAGCCGUCACGUCAGAACGAGGAUUGGCGACGGUCUGCGGCGGCUGACGGACCCAACACCGUCGAUCGGAGUCCCGCAUCCAACACGGCGACCAACACGUCCGAGACGAGGCCUGAGUUUGCCUUUGUUCGGAACAUAACGGUGGCUCCGACACCACCCAAGAGGAAGCCUAGCAUUGCCAUGAGUCGGAACAUAGAAAUGGAUCUGAAUGCAUUCGUGACGAAGACUGCGCUCGCCACCGCGUUGAGGAAGGCAGUGGGCUCGAGGGAUGCCCGUAAGAGUGAGGCCGUUGACGGCAGCGGCGAGCACGUUCCUGGGAAAAUUGCGGGAGGAAUGAAUGGUCACAACGUCCCCGGAACACCAAAACGGCAUCAAGAAAUGUGUCCUUGCGCGAUCUGGAGCGGCGUGAGUCCAGACGGCCGCCUCGUCCUGUUUGACGACGUGGAGUUGAUACCACGCGAUUCAACUGGCGGCCGCACAGCGCGUGUGUGCGUGUCUCUGGCGUUGCUGCUGCUGCUGCUGGAACUGUGUGGAGUUGUGGUAGUCUUUCGAGCGAAAGAGGGUGGAAUUGUGACUCCCCACGGGGGAUAUUUGCCGCAUACUUUGCGGUUUUUAUGUCAAUUUUUCUUCUCCUCUUUUUUAAUGAUUUACGGAUCGCUUUUUAAACCUUUUUUUCUUCUUUGUAAUGUUCUUUUUGAUGCUUUUCCACUGGAGUAA